GGUAACCUUUAGUGGCGGGAAAAGUUCGGAACUUUUCGCGCCGGGGUGGAGUCACCCUGGGAACCUCCGCGCUACUUCGGUGGAGGUAGUUCUUUGGCAGCGGGCAUGGCGGGUACCGUGGUGCUGGACGAUGUGGAGCUGCGGGAGGCUCAGAGAGAUUACCUGGACUUCCUGGACGACGAGGAAGACCAGGGAAUUUAUCAGAGCAAAGUUCGGGAGCUGAUCAGUGACAACCAAUACCGGCUGAUUGUCAAUGUGAAUGACCUGCGUAGGAAAAACGAGAAGAGGGCUAACCGGCUUCUGAACAAUGCCUUUGAGGAGCUGGUUGCCUUCCAGCGGGCCUUAAAGGAUUUUGUGGCCUCCAUUGAUGCUACCUAUGCCAAGCAGUAUGAGGAGUUCUACGUAGGACUGGAAGGCAGCUUUGGCUCCAAGCACGUCUCUCCGCGGACUCUUACCUCCUGCUUCCUCAGCUGUGUGGUCUGUGUGGAGGGCAUUGUCACUAAAUGUUCUCUAGUUCGUCCCAAAGUCGUCCGCAGUGUCCACUACUGUCCUGCUACUAAGAAGACCAUAGAGCGACGUUAUUCUGAUCUCACCACCCUGGUGGCCUUUCCCUCCAGCUCUGUCUAUCCUACCAAGGAUGAGGAGAACAAUCCCCUUGAGACGGAAUAUGGCCUUUCUGUCUACAAGGAUCACCAGACCAUCACCAUCCAGGAGAUGCCGGAGAAGGCCCCGGCCGGCCAGCUCCCCCGCUCUGUGGACGUCAUUCUGGAUGAUGACUUGGUGGAUAAAGCGAAGCCUGGUGACCGGGUUCAGGUGGUGGGAACCUACCGUUGCCUUCCUGGAAAGAAGGGAGGCUACACCUCUGGGACCUUCAGGACUGUCCUGAUUGCCUGUAAUGUUAAGCAGAUGAGCAAGGAUGCUCAGCCCUCUUUCUCUGCUGAGGAUAUAGCCAAGAUCAAGAAGUUCAGUAAAACCCGAUCCAAGGAUAUCUUUGACCAGCUGGCCAGGUCAUUGGCCCCUAGUAUCCAUGGGCAUGACUAUGUCAAGAAAGCAAUCCUCUGCUUGCUCUUGGGAGGGGUGGAACGAGACCUAGAAAAUGGCAGCCACAUCCGUGGGGACGUCAAUAUUCUUCUAAUAGGAGACCCAUCCGUUGCCAAGUCUCAGCUUCUGCGAUACGUGCUUUGCACUGCACCCCGAGCUAUCCCCACCACUGGCCGGGGCUCCUCUGGAGUGGGUCUGACGGCUGCUGUCACCACAGACCAGGAAACAGGAGAGCGCCGUCUGGAAGCAGGGGCCAUGGUCCUGGCUGACCGAGGCGUGGUUUGCAUUGAUGAAUUUGACAAAAUGUCUGACAUGGAUCGCACAGCCAUCCAUGAAGUGAUGGAGCAGGGUCGAGUGACCAUUGCCAAGGCUGGCAUCCAUGCUCGGCUGAAUGCCCGCUGCAGUGUUUUGGCAGCUGCCAACCCCGUCUACGGCAGAUAUGACCAGUAUAAGACUCCAAUGGAGAACAUUGGACUACAGGACUCACUGCUGUCUCGAUUUGACUUGCUCUUCAUCAUGCUGGAUCAGAUGGAUCCUGAGCAGGAUCGGGAGAUCUCAGACCAUGUCCUUCGGAUGCACCGUUACAGAGCACCUGGGGAGCAGGAUGGUGAUGCUAUGCCCUUGGGUAGUGCUGUGGAUAUCCUGGCCACAGAUGAUCCCAACUUUAGCCAGGAAGACCAGCAGGACACCCAGAUUUAUGAGAAGCAUGACAACCUUCUACAUGGGACCAAGAAGAAAAAGGAGAAGAUGGUGAGUGCAGCAUUCAUGAAGAAGUACAUCCAUGUGGCCAAAAUCAUCAAGCCUGUCCUGACACAGGAGUCGGCCACUUACAUUGCAGAAGAGUAUUCACGCCUGCGCAGCCAGGAUAGCAUGAGCUCGGACACCGCCAGGACAUCUCCAGUUACAGCCCGAACACUGGAAACUCUGAUUCGACUGGCCACAGCCCAUGCGAAGGCCCGCAUGAGCAAGACUGUGGACCUGCAGGAUGCAGAGGAAGCUGUGGAGUUGGUCCAGUAUGCUUACUUUAAGAAGGUUCUGGAGAAGGAGAAGAAACGUAAGAAGCGAAGUGAGGAUGAAGCAGAGACAGAAGAUGAAGAGGAGAAAAGCCAAGAGGACCAGGAGCAGAAGAGGAAGAGAAGGAAGACUCGCCAGCCAGAUGCCAAAGAUGGGGAUUCAUACGACCCCUAUGACUUCAGUGACACAGAGGAGGAAAUGCCUCAAGUACACACUCCAAAGACGGCAGAUGCACAGGAGACCAAGGAAUCCCAGAAAGUGGAGUUGAGUGAAUCCAGAGACGGGGUCUUACCAUGUUGCCCAGGCUGGUCUUGGACUCCUGGCCUCAAGCAGUCCUUCUACCUGGGCCUCCCAAAGGGCUGGGAUUACAGGCAUAAGCCACUGUGCUUGUUUAAUCUCAUUCUUUUUAAUGACUGCAGGGUUUCCAUGGUUGAAGGCAUUCAAGGUGGCCCUCUUGGAUGUGUUCCGGGAAGCUCAUGCGCAGUCAAUCGGCAUGAAUCGCCUCACAGAAUCCAUCAACCGGGACAGCAAAGAGCCCUUCUCUUCAGUUGAGAUCCAGGCUGCUCUGAGCAAGAUGCAGGAUGACAAUCAAGUCAUGGUGUCUGAGGGCAUCAUCUUCCUCAUCUGAGGAGGCCUCGUCUCUGAACUUGGGUUGUGCCGAGAGUGUGUUCUGUGUUUCCCACCCUCUCCCUGACCCGAGUCUUUGCCUCGACUCCCCUAACAGUGUUGAAUUGAACUGAAGGCGAGGAAUGUUGGUAAUGAAGCUGAGUUCAGGACUUGGUGGACCCUUUGGGAAUGGGUCGUGAAAGCUGCCAUGGGGUGAGGAAAGAGGAGACAGUGGGAGAGGACAAUGACUAUUGCAUCUUCAUUGCAAAAGCACUGGCUCAUCCGCCCUACUUCCCAUCCCACACAAACCCAACUGUAAAUAACAUGACUUCUGAGUACUUUUGGGGGCACAACUGUUUUCUUUUUGCUGUUUUUGUUUUUUUUUUUUCCUCCAGAGCACUUUGGUCUAGACUAGGCUUUGGGUGGUUCUAACUGGUGGAGAGAAGCUCUGAGGCACGUCAUGCAGGUCAAGAAAGCUUUCUUUGCAGUAGCACCAGUUAAGGUGAAUAUGUAUUGUACCACAAAACAAACCCAAUAUCCAGAUGAAUAUCUGAGAUGUUGAAUAAACGUAGCCAUUUUGUACA